CCACCAACCACAAGCCAGACUUCAGUCAGUGUGCGCCAAGAUGGCGACUUCCAUCUUCUCCUAUCUUCCACAUCGUCACUUUCGUAACUAAACCGCUUUCCUUUCCACCGUCCAUCCAAGCCCAGGCAGAGGGGAACCGAGUCGUCGUCAAUGGCUGACGGAAGGGUUUUCCUCGUGGUUGCUUGGUGCGGGGAGCCGAUGUCAAUGUCGGCCUAAGGGACGGCUGUCUUUACAGAGUAUGGCCACCGAGAACAGGAUCAAUUUUUGGAGGAGAAAUUCUAAGGUUCCCGGAAGCGUGCAGCCUGUUUACGGAGCGCAGCAUCCUCCUCUUGACCCACGGCUGCGACGCUCGUAUCCAAAAGACACAAAGCCAAAGUUAAACAAUCUCAAGUCUAAAAAGACAUCCAGCUUCCAUGAGUUUGCUCGGAGCACGAACGAUGCUUGGGACAUUGAUGAUGAUGAGGAGGAGGAGGAUUUUCUCGGUGGCCCCGCCCUGUGUUCUUCCUUUCCAUCUGGACUGCGUUCUGCAUUGACCCAGAAGCAGGAUGCGGCUGGUGUCACCCAAAGUGGGAUUUCACACACAACAGAGGAGGACACGGAGCACGAGCUUGCAAACAGCAAGGUGGUCAAGUCGAACAGCGAGAUCCACCUCACGACAUCCUCAGUUCGCUCCACACUACAGAAGCAGCAGUCUCUCCCUGUACGACCUGUCAUCCCUCUGGUGGCUCGCAUUUCAGACCAGAACGCAUCAGGAGCCCCUCCCAUGACAGUGCGGGAAAAGAGCCGGCUGGACAAAUUCAAGCAACUGCUGGCUAGUGCCAACACUGACCUUGAGGAGCUGCGAAAGCACAGCUGGUCAGGCAUACCGAGGGAAGUCCGUCCAAUCACGUGGCGGCUCCUCUCUGGUUACCUGCCAGCCAACAAGGAGCGGAGGGACCUUGUGCUCAAAAGGAAACGAGAGGAAUACUUUGGCUUCAUUCUGCAAUAUUACCACUCCAGAACAGAUGAGCACUACAAAGACACAUACCGACAGAUUCACAUCGACAUUCCAAGGACCAACCCUCUGAUUCCAUUGUUCCAGCAGCCUGUAGUGCAAGAGGUGUUUGAGCGUAUCCUCUUCAUCUGGGCUAUCCGACACCCGGCCAGUGGUUAUGUCCAGGGGAUUAAUGAUCUGGUCACGCCCUUUUUCGUGGUCUUCCUGUCUGAGUUUGUCAUGGAGGACAUGGAAAACUUCGAAGUGGCUGCUUUGUCUCCGGACAUUCAGAGAAACAUUGAGGCUGACAGCUUCUGGUGUAUGAGCAAACUACUGGACGGAAUACAGGACAAUUACACCUUUGCUCAACCGGGAAUCCAGAACAAAGUCAAAGCUUUAGAGGAACUUGUCAGUCGGAUCGAUGAGGACAUUCACAAUCAUUUCAUAAAAUAUGAAGUGGAAUAUCUACAAUUUGCUUUCCGGUGGAUGAACAAUCUGUUGAUGAGGGAGCUGCCACUGCGCUGCACAAUCCGCCUCUGGGAUACUUACCAGGCUGAAGCAGAAGGGUUCUCCCACUUUCACUUGUAUGUCUGUGCCGCUUUUCUCAUUGAGUGGCGCAGAGAAAUUCUCUCCAUGGUUGACUUUCAGGGCCUUCUUAUACUAUUACAGAAUCUUCCCACAAUCCACUGGGGUAACGAAGAAGUUGGCCUUCUUCUGGCUGAAGCUUACAGACUGAAGUACAUGUUUGCGGAUGCACCCAGCCACUACAAGAGAUAGGCCUCUUCUUUAUAGCUUUCUAUAAUGUGCUUGAACAUUUGUCUGCGAGCCUUCCGAUGAGCCCUCAAAAGCAGUCCUGUGAAAACGGUGAAUCUUUUGCAAUUCAACACUGGACGUUACAGUAUACAUCGAAGCACACACAAACACCUGUCGUCUUGAUUCAUUCACGCAGCUCUUGAUUGUUUCCCCUGUUUAAUGUGUUUUAAGAGCAUUUUGAUGGCUGGUGAAUGUGUUUGAUAUCAUCCUUUUAAUCAAUGAUGGUGUACAUCUUAUAUUUUUUACAGAGUUUUUUAAGUUAUUGUUUUAAUAAAUACUGAAUAUUCGCUGUGAGGUAGGAAUUUAGGAUCUAAACGUCUAGCAUUGAGAAUAGUUCAACACUCUGAAGAGUUUAAAAAUAACAUAAAACUUGUGUAACUCCCAACUCUUCAGAUAAAUUUCACUUAAAAUGAGCAUGAGAAACCGGAAGAUUUAUCUGCAAUGCACAAUCAGCUAAUCAAAGGAAGAAAAGCUCUUAAUCAAGAUUAGCAUGUUUUGGAAUUAUAUACUUUAUUAUAUUUCCAGGUACAGAAGGUAAGAGAAGCAGCGGACUAAUUGUGUAAUGUUGAUGUUACAUUUCACCUUGUCAGAAAGCAUUUUUGUCUGAAAUGUGCUUUACUUGUGAUUUUCAGGGGCUCUUAACUGCCUGAAGGGAAAUUGAGCUCAUCUAGCUUUAGCAAUUAUUGUUUAGUUGGCCUUAAUUUAUGAUUGAAGUUAUACAUUAUUUUAAAAUGGAAUCUUUUAAUAUUUCCGUUGAGGUAAUUAAACAACAACUCAUGCGCUUCCCAAAGCCACAUAAGACGACAGUAUUAUACUGAAAUGUCUGAGCUUUGAAUUUUUGGAGUUUCAAACCACAGAGAAAUCAUUGGUCUUGUGGUCAUGUCUACAUAUUUUUGGUCUCUCAGUCAAUAUUUGCCAACAACCAGUCUUCUUUUGAUGCAAGGGGGAAUUAAGUAAUAUAGUCAAUAGUACUGAAGAGUACUAGUGUGUAUUUAAACUUCAUUUAGUCCAAGUACUUGAGUCAGUUCUUUGAAAGCAGUGUUGCACCGCUCACAAUAUGUGAUGAUAUCUUUGUCAUGUACUGUAGUCCUGUCAUUUACAGUAUGGUGUGACAAAAUUGCUUCAUCGGCAGUCCUGCUGUUUUUGUUUGGCCAGGUUGUUCUUGCAUCCACCAUUUUAAAUAAUCCAGGAGAUUUUGGAAUGAAUGUAAAUUGGUGGGUUGUUAAUCACUUUUGGUUAUUACAGGAGAUCAUUUUAACAGCAAAUGUUGAUUUGGUUUGGUACGUUAAUCUCUUAAAUGAAAAUUUAAUAUUGUUAUUAUUUUUAUCGUCUAAUCAUUGACCAAGUAAAUAUUUACUCGUGGUGUUGAUGUCAAAUUUGUUGUGCAUUGGAUGCCUGGCUGGCAGCUAUUGAUUUUUUUUUUUAUUAGUGUUCAGGAAAUCAUUAAGCUUUUCCACUGUCAGUUCACUGCAAAUCUUUAUUUAAAUCAGGGGCCCAUAAAACCUUUGUACCUAGAUUAAUUUUUUUUAUUUAUUUAUAUAAUUUAGGCAGUAUUUUCUGUCAGUUUUUCUUUAUUUUUGCUUUUGCUAAAAUAUACUCCCUAGCUAUGAGUGUUAUUCUUUCACGUACAUUUAUUGGCUACCAUCAAGAUAUUGUUCAUUCCAUGAUUAUUUUUUUCCAACUUUAUCUGACCAAAUCAAAAUGUGUUCAUGAAUGUCUUGUGUUCAAUCAAUGCCAGAUCUUUAUUUGAGUCAAUACGCGCUGUUGAAUUAGCAGACGUUUACUUAAGCCUUAAAGGACGAAUUUAAUUAUUACAGUAUUCGCUGUAGUGUUACUUGUUUAUAUUAAACGAUUGAUCUUCA